AAUCAAAGUAUCAUAACUAAAACAGGAUCAGUGACACAGUAACCACUAACUUAAUUGAGCAAAAAAUCGAAAAUCAUUCUAAAUGUUCGUCAUUAACGUAGCAAUACCAAACACUUUAUCAAAUAAAUAAACAUUUGUCUCUUCGUAGACUCGGUGUACCAGAGAUUUCGUGGAAGACACUUUCGGUAUUAGAUAACAGCUUUCUGUGUUUAAGUAUAUAUGUGUUUAUUUACGUUAUUAAACUUUCCAUUAACGAUGGUGUCGGGUUACGAUAACUGGUUUAACGUGAUCAAUUCAGCUUAAUCGGUAGCAGAACAUUUGCGUGUGUUUAACGUUUAACCAUUUAAUAACACAUAACUCUAAUUGCAAAAUGAACUCGCUAUUAACAUUUUGAUUUCAUUAGAAGAACAGCUGAUCUGUAUCGGUAAUAGGUAUCGGUGACUCAUAUAUCAAUGCCCGUCAAACUGUUUGUUUAUAUGUAUGACAUAAUCAAAACAACGCACUGCAGAAAUAUUGCAAUGGAAUUUGUUUCCGACGAAGAGAGCAUGACCAUGAAACAUCAAGUGCGCGGUGAACGCUUCUUUGCGAAUAUCCAGGAGCUGUCGGCCCCUCGACCCCGGCGCGCCCUAGACCUCGCAGCCGCAGUGGCAUGUGUCGCCUGCGUACUCACCCUGGUCGCGUGCGGCCUCACUGUGCACAUGUACGUGCAGAUCCAGACACGGAACUUCCGGGACGAACUGACGACAAUCCUCAGGGAAGAGGUGAGGGCAGGGAGGGCCAUGGCGGACCCCCAGGGGCUAUACACGGACAACCAGGAAGGGAAUUACGACAGCCAAGUGAUUGAGCUAACAGGGGAAGAAAGGGUACCAAAACGGAAGAGAACAGCUUCUGACGACCAGACCAGCUCGAGUCCAACUCGCCAGAAAAAGCGACAAAGGAACGAGCACAAAGAACGCCACAAUAAAAAAAAUCCCAAGAACAAGGAAGACAAAUGUUGCCGGACGAUUAAAAAGGAACUCGGGCCAAUGAUCCAGGAUGCGUUGACUUCACGCCUAUCAGAUAUGAUAAACAGGACAGAAAAGGCGCUUAAUCAAAUACAAGGAUCAAAUGAAGACAAUAAACAUUUUAUAGGAAUUGAUCAUUACACAACCGCCGUGGAUGAAGAUUUUAUACAGCAAAAGAUGGGCAAAUUUGAACCUGGAAAUCCUUUUACACAAACAGGAAACGAGCACCGAAGCGUUGAGAUUCCCGAAUGGAGCGGGACGCUGUACCGGAAUCGAUCACUGAGAAUACAAGAGGCUCCCAUGACAUUGAAGAUGUUCGCUCCUUCAAGCGCAGACAGCCAGCGCCGCCUAUUUGACCUCGAUACAAACACCGGCCUGUUCAGGGCGAGAUACUCCGGUCUAUACCACAUAUAUGCACAUGCCCAGUUUCGAACAGGGCGGAACAAAGGCAUUGUGCUCCUGCACAGAAGUCCCAGCGGCUUCGAGUUACUGGGAACUCUUACCUGUCCACCGCACGACCAAGCUCUGUACAGUCAGUUCAUCCAGCAGCCUUGUGUGCUGGCCGGUACUAUGACACUCAAGGCGGACGACACCGUGGAGGUUCAGCUGCUCGACUCCCAGACGACCCUCGGGGUAAAGAACACGGAACUAUACAUGGGCGCCGUGCUCAUACGGCCUGAAACGGGCUCCGUGAACGGGUUGCACCUGCAGGCUUUCUCUACAUGACGUCUGUGUGGCCUUGUAUAUAUGCGAAGCAUUGUUGAGUAUGUAGUGGAAUGAAAAACAAUAAAAUCUUGGGACUUCAUAAAUUAGAUUAAUUAAAUUGUGCUCUCAUUAUGUCAUAUAAAUCAAAGAGAUGUAUAUUCACGGAAAAGACAAAGUUUUAAGAAAACACUUUUGUGGAAAAGCGUAUUAAAAAGAACACGACUACUAAAAGUGACCAUACCUAGGCUCAUAUGUAUGACGUAGUAAAUAUAACAGUUAAUGAAUUAACUUUUGGGGUAACUCUUGUUGAUGUUACUGCAUGUAUAUAUACCGUUUUAUUGAUCUAUUGUUGAUAUUAUGUUUAAGUUGUGUUGUAUUAUGUACCUCUAUAUGUAAAUUAUAUGAACUUCCGUAUCUGUCAUAUUUGUCCCCUUUUAUUUCCAUCGUUUUCGAAAGUUUGGGAAUUUUGCAAAAAUGCGUAUAUUAACCUGAUAUGAUUUGAUUCGCUAAAUCGGUUAAACGGCACGGUUUUGUUUACUUUGGUUUCAGUUUCUGUUUCACUAUUUUAACUUCAAAGAUGCUUGUAACCUCUUUUAUGUUAUAUUAAUAUACAAUGGUAUAUUUUUAUUAAUAUUUACACAAGAGUAGAUGUAUUUAUAGUAUCAGUAUCACUAAGCUCAUCUGCUUCUUUAAUGCUUGUAUGGCAGACCUUUGCGCAUUCUAAGCGACCUUGACGAGAAACAGUCUAUUCUCUUUAAAUAUUAAGAAAGUGUCAUAUCAACAAACGAGAGGACGAAUUGUAUUCACGACUCGUUCAGUUUGAACUAACGAUCAAUUCGACACAGUACUUAAUCUGUAUGUUAUGACAAUAUGUAGGGUAUUUCUUCUGUAUUAAGCUUCAAGGGCAUAUUUUUGGAAAAAAAGUACUUCGUUUUCUGAAAACAUGCGACUUAAAGGAGGUGUUUUUCAUUGCUUUGUUACGUUAUCGCUGUAGUUGUGUGAACAUAUUUUUUUAAUACGGUCCAUUAUGCAAAUUUUAUUGAAUUCUUCUUUUGUAAAACAAAGAAGUAUUUUUCGUACGACUGCUUACGAUUUUAAACCAGACGACAUUACUUUAACACAGUAUUGAACCAGACGACAUUACUUUAACACAGUAUUGAAUUUCGUUUAUUGACACCCUUGAAUGGGUGACAUCUGCCCGGGAAUAUAGGACGAGCUCUGUACACUUUAAAUACACCUAUAUAUAGCACAUCUAAAUAAAGAUCUUCAAUCAG